CGCCGGUGGGUCCGCCGAGGAGGCGCCGCCGCCGCUGCAGCUCCUGGUAGCGGGGAGGAGGAGAGCCCGUGUGCGCGAGCAAGCAAGCAAGCGAAGGGGGCUCGCGCUUGGCUGCCCACCUCCGCGCCCCGGGACAGCGCCCGCCGCACCCCCGCCGCGCGCGCGCCACCCCCUCUCGCAGCCUGGCGCUGGGUAACGCUGUGGUCUCUCUGCGCAGGGGCUAUGGAGGACGAGGAGCGGCAGAGGAAGCUGGAGGCUGGCAAAGCCAAGCUUGCUCAAUUUAGGCAAAGGAAAGCACACUCUGAUGGGCAGAAUGCACCCAAGAAGCAGAAAAAAAAGAAAAAGGUAUCAAAUACCAAAGACGAGGAAUUGGUGCAAGAAGGUCUGGAGAUUGAGCAGUCACAAGAAGAUGUAUCUGCACACAGCUGUCAAAGAGGAGCAGCUGCUGCAUCUGACUUUGCUAUGGUGAGGACUUUGCACAGUGACGAAAUAAUCAAGCAUCAUCAAACAUAUACUGCAGAGCUGGAAAGUGAGAUUUCCACCACAGCUGAUGAUUAUAGCUCCGAGGUAAAUGGUUGCAGUUUUUUGACAAGAACAGAUAUACCUACAGACUUUAUCAGGGAAGAAGAAUUUGGAUUUGGAGAGAAUUGUUCUGAGCAUGAGUUGCAGCAUUCAGUGACACGGCUGGAGAUGAUGGAGAAUGCAUUGGCUGGAAAACAACAAGAGAUUGAAGAGCUAAACAGAGAGCUAGAAGAAAUGAGAGCAGCAUAUGGUACAGAAGGAUUGCAACAGCUACAAGAAUUCGAGGCUGCUAUCAAAAAAAGAGAUGACAUUAUCACACAGCUCACAGCUAAUCUGCAGCAAGCAAGGAAAGAAAAGGAUGAAACAAUGAGGGAAUUUUUGGAGUUGACUGAACAGAGUCAAAAACUGCAAAUUCAGUUUCAACAUUUGCAGGCAAGUGAAGCUUUAAGGAACACCAGUCAUAGUAGCACAGCUGCUGACUUACUGCAGGCCAAACAACAGAUACUUGCAUAUCAGCAACAGCUAGAAGAACAAGAACAGUUACUGAGGAGUUAUCAAAUGAAAAAUGAAGAUUUUGAAGUACAGGUAUCUCUGCUGCAGCAGCGAGUCACUGACAUUGAGAUGGAAAAAUACAAGGCUGUAGAAGAUUCUGCUAAGAAGAAACUAAAAGAAAAAGAAACAAUUAUUGAAGAAUUGGAGGCAAAAAUGAUAGAAGCAGAAGAAAAUGUAUUUGCUCUUCAGAAAAAAUUAUCAGCUGCUGAGAAGUUAGUUGAGGAAGUAAAGGAGGAGGCCUUACAAAAGAAUCAAGAAAUACAUAACGUGAGAGUAGAACUAACAAGCUCCAAGCAGAAAGAACGACAGUGUUCUGAUGAAAUAAAACAAUUAAUGGGUACUGUGGAAGAACUGCAGAAACGAUGUCAUAAAGAGAGCCAGCUUGAGAAUGACAUUGUACAGAGAAUGGAACUUGAUGCACAAAGGAGACUUGCAGAACUCCGGGCAGAACUGGAGGAAGUGCAUGGGCAGCAGAUCGUACAGAUGAAGCAAGAGUUAGUUAGGGAGCACACAACAGAAAUUGAAAAACUGCUUGCUCAGCAAAAAGCAGAUCAGGAAAGAACUUUGAAUUUAUAUUCUGCUAAUGCUAGUGAAGACCAAAUACAGUUAAUGAAUAUUGCAAUUAAUGAGUUGAAUCUCAUGGUGCAGGAUGCUAACUACCAGAGAGAAAAGGUAAGGCAGGAUUUGUCGCAACAACUGGAACUUGUGUCCUCAGAAAAGUCUUCUCUACAAAAUCAAGUUGAAGAUCUUUGUCAAGAGCUGAGUUUUGCAAGAGAGCAAAUUCAGAGAGCCAAGCAGACUAUACAUGAAAAGGAAUCUAAGUUACAAGAAGCAGACAAGUUACAAAUCAUUGUUGGUGAUCUAAAAGCCCAACUUGCCUCUGCAUCUGAGAUCAAGGAAGAACAUGAGGCAGAAGUUACAAAUUACAAAAUAAAACUUGAAAUGUUAGAAAGAGAAAAGAAUGCUGUUUUGGACAGGAUGGCUGAAUCUCAAGAAGCUGAACUAGAGAGACUGAGGACCCAACUUUUAUUCAGUCAUGAAGAGGAACUAUCAAAACUUAGAGAUGAUUUACAACAAGAACACAAAAUAAACACUCAAAAUCUUAAAGAUAAUUUUGUUAUGCAAAAUAAACAGCAGUUAGAUGAGUUACAGAAUGAAAUGAGCAAAAAGAUAGAAGCUAUGCAAUUUGAAAAUGACAACUUAAUAACAAAACAGAAUCAGCUCACAUUAGAAAUAUCAAGGCUGCAAGAUUUGCAGCAGUCCAUUGUAAACUCUAAAUCCGAAGAAAUGAUGCUUCAGAUCAAUGAACUCCAAAAAGAGAUAGAAAUCCUUAGACAAGAAGAAAAGGAAAAGGGUACACUUGAACAGGAAGUUCAGGAGUUGCAACUUAAAACAGAGUUAUUAGAAAAGCAAAUGAAAGAAAGAGAGGAUGGCCUUAAAGAAAAAUGUAUAUUGCUUGAAACACAAAACAACGUUCUUGAAGAUGAAAUGAAUACCUUGAAAGAGAAGUUAAAAAAAUAUGCUGUUACAAAUAUGGAAGAAAGCUUGAUCUUCAUAGAUGGUGUUAGUUCCAAGUCACAGGACUCUGAUUUGCUAAAAAGAAUAGAAAAUCUGAUUGCAGAAAAUGAGAAGCUUAUAAAAGAAAAUAUUGAACUUAAAGAAGAUAUUGAGAAACUAAAUAACUCACUUUCAUUUGCUGAGAUAAAAUUUGAACAUAAUUAUCAGGAACUCCAAGAAAAAUAUGCUUCUCUAAUUAAAGUAAAAUCUGAUUUAGAAGAGAGCAAGAACAAACAAGAAGCUGAGUACAAAGCCAAGCUUCAGACCUUGAUGGAUGAGAUCCACCAUCUACAGGAAGAUAUGCCAGUUGUAUUGAAAGCUCAGCGUACAGUCCUUCAAAGUAAAAGAGAGAAAAUAUUAAGAUCAGAAACAUUUGAUGUUGAGGAAAUAGUAGAAAAAGACACAACAGAACUUAUGGAAAAACUUGAGAUCACCCAGCGUGAGAAACUGGAACUUUCACUGAGACUUUCAGAUCUUUCUGAACAAUUAAAAUUGAAACACAGUGAAAUCUGCAGAUUAAGUGAAGAAGUUAUAUCUCUAAAACAAGAUAAAGAACACAUUUCAGCAAGGUGUAAGGAACUAGAACUUGUCGCUAGUUGUGGACAGGAAGAGAAUAUGAAAAUAUGUGAACAUAAGACAAAAUAUUCCAAUGGGAAGUCACAUACAGGCCUUUCUGCAGUUUUGGAACCAGGAGUCUUUGCACCUGAUUUGUCCAAAGAAUUCGACAGUGCAGUAAGAGAAGAGAAACUGAUAUCAAGCAGAAGUUUAGCUGAACAAUUUUCAACUGAAGAGGCAAUUAAACAAAAACUAAAUCAAGAUCCACAAAUAUUGCUGGAUAACAUUAACCAAAUAUGUGACGGAUUUGUAGGAGACUCUUCAUGUGUGAGUCUUGUGCAGAGUGAAAACAAGCUUCAGGAUCAGCUGGUGGUGCUAAAAUCUGAACAGAGUGAUUUAAAGCUACAAAUGGAGGCCCAACGUAUUUGUUUGUCUCUGGUUUAUUCAACUCAUGUGGACCAAGUACGUGAAUGCAUGGAAAAUGAAAAGGAGAUUGCGCUUUCUGCUCUUAAAGAAGAACUCCAGUUCCAUCAUGCACAAGAGUUGCAUGAACUUAAGAAAAAACAGCUGAAUCUCCAGACUAUGAAAGAUCAAAAUCCAGAUGAAGAAGGCCAAGUUACAAGGUUACAUCUAGAAGGACUUAGCAAAACAAUAGCUGAAGAAUGCUCUAAGCUCACUCAGUCACUAGGCAGCAUUCUGCUUGAAAAAUCUUCAACUGUUGAUGAUGCUGGAGAAAGAGAGAAAUCUAACACAACAUUAAUGUCUAAAUCAGAAGCUCAAGUUUUGCAAGGAACCCUGCAAACUCUUCUGAGCAAGAUAAUGGAAGAACACCACAAACUGGUGGAAUAUCACACACAAUUUAUGAAAGACAGAAAAAAGAUUGAAGAGCAGCAAGCAUCACGUGCAUGUGAUGAAAAAGAAAUUGUCAAUCUGCCACAGAAUGCAGAAAGUUCACCUACUCCAUCACAGGAUAUUACUGAUCUUCAAGUUAGGUCACCAUGUUGGGAAGAGCUUAAAUCUCAGCUUGAAGAGCAACAUGUUCAAGAAGUUGAGAAUCUGCGAUCCUAUUUUCAUCAGCAAUUGAAAGACACAGAGAAAAGAUAUACUGCAGAGAUAGUCCACUUACAAAGUAGACUCCAAGAUGCCAGUGACUCUUCUGAAUGUUUUAGAAUUUCUUUGGAACCAGAAGUAAAUGAUGAGAAGGAUAAAGGGAAGCAUGCUGAAAGUGAACAACAACGUGCUGAGAGGGCAACAGAGCUCUCUGAUGUAGUUGGUGUUGAGUUCCUGGAAAAACAAUACCAAGAAAAAUUGUUAGAAGAAAUAGCAAAGGUUGUUGUAACAAUGAGUGUAGAAUUUGCACAGAAAAAUGAACUAGCAAGAAUUGCUGAGCUAAAGGAGGAAGAAAUGUCAUUGAUGGUACCAAUACACACUCAAUGGGGAAAAGAACUUGAUACAAAAGAAUCUUUUGAAGAAUUGGAUAGCCAUAGAAAUGAAGAGAGAGGUGCUGAAAAUAAAGAAUUAAAAUCACUUAGCAGAGAGAUUAGUGAAGAGUGUGGUAAAACUUCAUGCCUUGAGGGACAAUUUCAGCCAGAUGUUAAAUCUGCUGAGAUACCUGACUUUGAUUCAAGGCUUUCAACAGACACUUCCUCUAAUGAUAAGGAGCUUAUGCAAAAGAGUUGUCUGAUUACCAGGGAGGCUUCACUCUCCAGCAUAGUGUCUUCAAGUCAGAUAUCACUGUAUGAAGAACGUUUGGAAGAUAUGCGCCAAGAGCUUGUCCGUCAGUAUCAAGAACAUCAGCAGGCAACAGAAGUGUUGAAACAAGGUCACAUGCAGCAAAUGGAAUGGCAAAAAGAAAACCAAGAACAGCUUUUGGCAGAGCUUGAGAGACUUAAAGUGCAAUUAGCAGAGAGUUUGACGUUGGACAGUGAAAACAUCAUCACGGAAAGAGAGCAAAUGCUUUUAGAGGAACUAGAGUCACUAAAGAAGCAGUUGAUACCUGGGAGAGAGAAGCUGUCCUGUGAUCUAAAACACAGUGGUACUCAAACACAGAGUGAAAGUGCAAUUGAAACUGAAUCUACAGAGAUUUUAGAAGGUGACAGUGGAGAAGGAAAACAUAAAGAAACCUCUCCGGACAGCCUUUCAAAAGACAGGUGUACCUUGCAGAAAGCCAAUAACAGACUGCUGAAGAUUCUGUUGGAGGUUGUGAAAACCACCGUAGCUGUAGAAGAAACAAUUGGUCGCCAUGUUGUGGGGCUGCUAGACUGGUCAUCGAAAUGUCAGUUGCCUUUCAAAAGUCUUGAAUGGGAGGCGAAAACAGAAGACUCCGUAAAACCGAGCAUCCUUGUGGGAUAUGAAGCAGAAAAGUCAUCCUGUUCGUAUCAUGGCAGUGAUCUGAAAGGUGAUGAUGGUAAUAUGUGGUCAGAGGUCACAGACGAAAGCCUCGAGGUCACCCAGUACCUUACGGAGCAUGGCUUUGCUGGAGUGCAGAUAGACUCGGAAAAUGAAGAGCUGGUUCUAAAUAUCAGUUCUCGGCUUCAGGCUGCAGUUGAAAAACUUCUAGAAGCAAUCAAUGAAACCACCAAUCAGCUUGAACAUGCAAAAGUUACGCAGACAGAACUUAUGCGAGAGUCCUUUAAACGGGACCAAGAAGCCACUGAGUUACUCAAAUGUCAGGAGGAAUUACAAGAGCGGCUUGAUGAAGAAGUUAAAGCUCGAGAACAGUUGGCAUUGGAGCUCAGCAAAGCAGAGAAUCUUAUUGAUGGCUAUGCAGAUGAAAAAUCACUUCUGGAAAAUCAAAUCCAGGAAAAAACAGAUGCAAUAGACCAUCUUGAGCAAGAGCUUCUUUGUACAGGUAACAAAUUGCAGGAACUAGAGGCUGAGAGGCAGCAGCUUCAAGAAGAGAAGGAGUUACUCUUCAGACAAAAGGAUGCUAUGAAAGCUGAUGCAGGACCAAUAGAACGACGCCUAGUAGAUGCUGCAGUCGAUGCAGCUUCCCAAGCAGAGUUGCUGGCCGAGACAGAAAAGCUAAUGAAGGAAAAAAUAGAAGUGCAGCGACAAGCUGAAAAGGAAUAUGACUACCUUCAAAAGCAGGUGAAGGCACUGGAAACAGAUAUAGAGGAGCAGGUCAACCGUUUUUUGGAGCUAGAACAAGAAAAGAAUGCAGAACUAAUGGAUCUAAGGCAACAAAACCAAGCCCUGGAGAAACAGCUUGAGAAAACAAAAAAAUUUCUAGAUGAGCAGGCAAUUGAUAGGGAGCAUGAGAGAGAUGUGUUUCAGCAAGAGAUUCAGAAGCUGGAGCAACAGCUAAGGAUUCCCCAAAGAUUUCAGCCAGUCAACGAACACCAAAACAGAGAGGUUGAGCAGUUAACAAAUCACCUCAAAGAAAAGACAGACAAAUGCAGUGAGCUUUUACUCUCUAAGGAGCAGCUUCAGAGAGAUGUGCAAGAACGGAAUGAAGAAAUUGAGAAGUUAGAGUGCAGAAUCAGAGAAGUGGAACAAGCCUUAAUGAUCAGUGCAGACAGUUUACAAAAGGUGGAGGAAAGGAAGCAGUUUGGCUCUGCAGCAAUGAGGGGAGAUUUGCCCCUAGAAGCACAGUUACAGGCUGAACAAGAAGCUGUAGACAGGAAAGAAAAAGAGAUCAUAAAUCUUGAAGAACAAUUAGAGCAGUUCCGUGAGGAACUAGAAAACAAAAAUGAAGAAGUACAACAGUUGCACAUGCAAUUAGAAAUCCAGCGAAAAGAAUCCACUACACGGCAACAAGAACUUGAGCAAGAAAAUAAAAUUUUCAAGGAGGAAAUGGAAAAAUUGGGACUAGCUGUCCCGAAUCCUGAAGAUACUUCCAUACAGGAUCAUCAUCCGGUUGUUGGAAAAUUUAUUAAGAUCAUUCAGGAGAAGGAACAGGAAAUAAAUGAACUUCAUGAACAAAUUUCAAAACUGCAACAGCAACUUGAAAUUACAACAGAUAACAAAGUGAUUGAGGGGAAAAAUGAGCACAUAAAGGAACUGGAGGCCCAAAUAGAAUAUUUAAAGAGUGACCAAGAACGUGUAAAGGAAAACAAUGAGCAGGAAGUAGAACAACUAAAUGAAGUUAUUGAAAAACUUCAGCAGGAGUUGGCAAAUAUUGAGCACAAGAUACCGCUGGACUCUUCAUUGACUCAGGAGGAUGCAGAUAAUUUAAAACACCAGCUUGAUGUAGUGUUGACAGAAAAAGAAGUAUUGGUGAAGCAAGUAGAAAAUAAUGUUGUAGAGUUAUCCCUUGUAAAGAAUGAGCUUGAGGAAACAAAAUUAAAAAUGAGCAAGUUAAGGAAAGAACUAGAUGUAUUGAAGGAGGAUCAUGAAAGAAUGGGAGAAAAACAUGAUGUACCCAUGAGGAAUGGUGUGGCUGAAGAAGGGGCAAAGAUGAAUGAAAAAACUCAAAAUCUGGUUGCUGCAAAUGAGAAGGAAAUGAAAAUAUUAAAUGAAAUCCCUCUUGGCUAUGUGAAUGAAAACGCCAAAGAUUCCUUCAUUAACACAGACACAAAAUUGCAGCAGCUGCAAAAAGCUCUUGAGGAAAAAGAUUCAGAGCUGAUCCAAUGUUACAACCAUAUCAAGGAUUUAAAAGAGCAAGCCCAGGCAGAGUCAGAAGAAUAUAAGCAGAAAAUAGUAGAGCUGGAAGAAACACUUAAGCAAAAGGUUGCUGCAGCCCUUGUGAGUCAAGCUCAGCUGAAUGUGAUUCUGGAGGAAAGGAAGUUUCUCCCUAAAAUGCAGGUGGCUUCAGGAGAUGCUGAGGAAGUUGUGAAAACUACUUCAACAGAGAAAAUAACUAGCACACAGAGAGAAGAUGCAAAAUCUAGAUUAUCAGUGUUAUUGGAGAAGCUCUCAGAGAUGGAGAAUCAACUGGCAAGUGCACACAGUGAUCUGCAGCUAGAGAAAACAAAAGUGGAAAUUGCAGAAAAAGAAGCGAAGGAAAAGGAAGAGAGACUUACUGAAUUACGGCAACUACUAGCAGAAGUAGAUGAAAAGCACAAGAGAGAGAAAACAAAGAGUUCUAAGCAAGGAAAAGUGCAAACCCUUCAGAUGGGCACAGAACUGCAGGAAAACGAAGAAAGAAAGAUACUGACUGCUGAUCCUGAACUAGAGAGAGUCAAAGCUGAGGCUGCCGCCGCCAAGGAAGAGCUUAAUAAUUACAGAGAAAAAGCAGAGAAAUUUAAAGAGGAGUUAAUGGUAAAAGAAACAAGCAUGCUUCAUCUUCAAGAAGAACUAAGACGAAUCAAGGAUAAGCUAGCUCAGGCGGAAGAAAAACUUGCACAAUAUGUGAGGAAGGAAAAUAGCAUUAACAAAUUGGAGAGGGGAUGUACCAAAGACCCUACUAUCAGCAGAACAAACACAUCAUGUCAGACAGAUAAAGCACUGCACAUCAAUAGCUGCAACCAAACUUCCCAACUCCUUGUCAGAAAUGAAGCAGUCCAAAUAGAUUUACAGAAUGGGUGUUCUUCAGAGGAAGUGGCAGAAAUCAUAAGAAAAUUCAGUGAAAAAAUUGACCAAAUGCAAGAACUACAUGCUGCUGAAAUAAUAGACAUGGAGACACGGCAUAUCUCGGAAUCGGAAGCCUUAAAGAGGGAGCGGAUUAUUGCAGUGCAGGAAUUAACUGAAGAAUGUAACACUUUGAAGGACAUCAUAGAAGCCCUGAGAGAUAAAGAGGGGAUUCCUGGUGUAACACAGACUGCAUCUUCUAAUGCCAGAGAUGGAGGUUCUAGUGACUCUAGUUCAGACUGGAGCCAAGGAGCAUAUCUUGCACCAAGUCAAGGAUCAGAUACUGUAUUGGAAGGAAUAGGAGAUGAUGGUGAAGCUGCAACAGAUUUUCUUCCAAAGAAAAUAAAGGGAUUGUUAAGUGCUAUUCACCAGGAAGGUGUACAGGUGCUCUCUCUCACAGAAUUUCCUUUCAAUGAAAGUGAUGUACUUCCUCUUAAACAACGGCCAGAAUUGUGGCUGGAAGAACGUAAAUCUUUCCUGAGCACUGUUUCAUCUCUGAAGGAUUUAAUUGCCAAAAUGCAGUUUCACAGGGAAGCAGAGUUCCAUGCAGGAUCUGAAUCUUCUGAAGGUGUCUCACACUGGCGAACUGAACUCCUGUAUGCUGUUCAGCAAGUGUUCCAAAAGGAAAAGGAUGUUCUUCUAGCAGCAUUUCAAACAGAAUUGGCUGGAGUAGGCAUCAGGGAUGCCAUGACACUAAUAGAUCAACUGGAAAAGAGACUUCAGGAACAGGGCACAUAUCAGAAAUCUGCUUUGGAUUGCAUUCAGAAUGCAGACAGAAGGAGUUUCUUAAUGGAAAUCAGAUCAUUGCAUGCUCAGCUGAACAACAGGAGAACUGAUCCAGAGAAGGAACUGGAAAUAGAACCAAAAUGUCAAGAAUUGCUGGAAUAUAACACAGAGAUGCAAAUGGAGCUUAGUAGUACAAAAGACAAAGCAGCUGAGCUUCAGGAGCAGUUGAGUUCCGAGAAGAUGGUGGUUGCAGAGCUGAAGAAUGAACUUGGACAAACUAAACUAGAACUGGAAACAACACUUAAAGCCCAGCACAAGCACUUAAGAGAUCUGGAAGCCAUCAGAAAUGAGCUUAAAGAAAAAACGGCAGAACUACAUAUGUUAACAGACACAUUGGUGAGUGAACAGAAGAAAUCAAGAGAGCUUCAGUGGACAUUGGAGAAAGAGAAGACAAAAAUGGAACGCAGUGAGGAAAGAGGAAAAGAAGAGCUUGAGGACUUAAAAUUUUCUCUUGAGAAUGAACAAGAAAAAAAUAUAGAGUUGAAUAAUCUUUUGGAGCUUGAGCGACAGCUGUCCAAUGAUUUGCAAAAGAAGAUUGAGUCACAAGAAGCUCUGGAUGCAGCCCAGUUAUCACAGGAGCGCAGCUGUAACUCUGAGCUUCAGAUACUCCUUGAAUCGGAGAGGUUCAGAGUUCUUGAAAUAAAUAGUGCACUAGAAAGGGAAAAAGAGUUGUGUGCCCAGCUUCAGAUGGCAGAACAGAAAAGGCAGGAUGGAACUCUUCAACCAGCUGAAGAAUUACUUCAGGAUCUGCAGAAACAACUGGGUGAAAAGCACGAUCGUAUAGUAGCAUUGGUUAGUGAAAUGGAGCGGUAUAAGCUGGAAUCAGUGCAACUGAAACAACAGGUGGAAAAAGAGAAGCAGGUUCAGAGGAAGACUCUACAAGCAGAACAAGAUGCUAAUAUCCUGGCACAGAAAAAAGUGCAUGAACUGGAGUCCAAAGUGGAAGAUCUCCAGUGGCAGCUUGGAGAAAAGAGACAGCAGGUUCAUCAGCUGCAGUGUGAAGAGAAAAGAUUGCAAGAGAAAAUCCAAGAAUUACAACAAACAGAGCAGAGGCUAGAGACAGGAAUAAAAAUGGACAAAACAACAUAUCAAAAUCUAAACGAGACUACUUGGGAUGCCUCUAGUGAGAGAACAAGAAAGUGGGUUUUCCAGCAGAAAAUGGGAGGAGCCGAAAAAAAUGAAUUAUCCUAUUCUGCCCUAAUUGGUAUGAGAGGAGGAGGAGAUGCUGCUGAGGAAUCCCAAGAUCUACAGGCAGUUAGACAGAAGCUGAGACAUGCCUCUUCCAUGCUGAAACAGCUGGCUAACAAAGCUGCCCAUAGGUUACCAUUUGAGAAAGCAGAUGAUGAAGAUUUAGUUGGGAUACAAAAUAAUAUUGAAGAAGUUCUCUUGCAGUUGCAAAUGUUAUCUAGCUUGCCCAACAUGGAAACAGAGAUUAAUUCAGAAUUGCCACUGUCUGCAUCAUUGACUGAAAGAUUGCUAAAACAAAAUGCUGAAUUGACUGGCUUUGUUAGCAGACUGAGUGAGGAAAAGAACAAUUUGAGAAAUGCUGUCAUGAAACUGGAGGAGGAACUUAGACGAUAUCAGCAGAGAACAUCCUGUGGAGACCCUUCCUUUAGACCAUCACUGCACAGUGGAGGAAAUGUUGAUGCGCUCAUUGCUUCUGAAAGAGAGAUCUGGAACAAAGAGAAAUUGACUCUGCAACAGUCCCUGAAGCAAGCAGACGCUGAGCUAGCCAAGCUGAAGGCAGAAUUAAGGAAUGAGGCUUUUCUUAGAGAACUGGGAUCAGAUUCAGAAAAUGCUGCUUUAAAGAGAAUUUAUGGAAGAUAUUUGAGAGCAGAGAGUUUUCGGAAGGCUCUGAUAUAUCAGAAGAAGUAUUUGCUGCUCUUACUGGGUGGCUUUCAAGAGUGUGAAGAAGCCACCUUAUCUCUCAUUGCAAGAAUGGGCGGGCAGCCUUCCUACACAGACCUAGAGGUCAUUACACGCCGUUCAAAGGGUUUUACGCGGUUCCGCUCAGCCGCUAGAGUGAUAAUUGCAGUUUCAAGAAUGAAGUUCCUAGUCCGACGGUGGCAUCGGGUUACUGGUUAUAGUUUAAUAGGCAUCAACAGAGAUGGUUUUAGCCAAAACACAGGUAAUGAAUUACGGCCUGAUUCAUUCUCUGGUGGACUGGAACUUUAUGGAGAACACAGGCAUUCUUCUUACAGAUCCAGAUCAGAGUUGGAAUCCCUCAGAUCUCCUCUAAGCUAUCAACACAGGUACCAGGGCAUCCAUACUGAUCUAAACCCAGUUUCCCUUGCAUGUUCUCAGCUGCAAAAUUACGAUCCCGACAGGUCUUUAACAGAUUAUAUCAAUCGUUUGGAGUCUCUACAGAGGCGACUUGGAAGUGUACAGUCAGCACCCGCUUCACACACUCAGCUGCACUCUGGUAUCAGAAGAUAAUCUUUGCAACAUCUUCACCGCUGGUAGUGACAUCAAAUGAAAUAAAUGCCUUCUGCAAAUCUGUGCUCCUGCUGUGCUUUUGUAUGCUGAUAUUGUGGGACCAACAUGAACACAGCGCAAUGAUUGUAUGCAGUGCAUCUUGCUGGCACCUCCACAGAGACUGGAACUUGUGUAUAUAAGCACUUUUUGUGGUUAUUCAGAACUGAUCAUUUAAAUUUCAUGUAUAUUUGUGGAAUGCUAAUUUAAACCAUUAAAUUAUUUUAAAAAGUGUGUAUUUAUCAAAUGGGUGAGAGGAUGAAACUUUUCUGUACUGAGAUUGCUUGAAUGUGUAGCUCCAAGUGCACAACCCUUUCUGAUGAGGCUAUGUGAAGGACUUUUCAUGAUUUUAUCCUAUUUGCUACUGGCACUGCAGAGAGAAAUAACACUUGUAGAGACCUAUUUUUGUAAAGGUUAGAAGUUUUGAAUUUUAUGGGUAUUUUGUCAAAGUACUGAAAUAAAGAUUUCAUCCUUUUAA